CAUCCACUUCUAUGUUUCCAAAGAAACUUCAAGGCUUUAGACACGGAUGUUCUACUAGCGUCCGUACCUAAAUCAGGAACCACAUGGCUGAAGGCCCUCCUUUUCAGCAUUGUGAACCGGGUUCGAUUUUCCGUUGAUCAAAGCCCUUUGCUCGCCACCAAUCCCCACAGACUCGUGUUUUCUCUCGAGUGCUUCUACUAUGCCAAGCAUGACAAUCCUGAUCUUGGAAAUGUGGCACAACCUCGUCUUUUCUCAACUCACCUCCCUCACCAGGCUCUCCCCAGUUCCCUGAUAGAAUCCAACUGUAAGAUUCUGUACGUUUGCAGAAACCCAUUGGACCAGUUCGUCUCGGAACGACAAUUUCUUUUGAAGAACCGUCUCUGGCCUGAUAAGCCUUAUGGUGAAGUACUAUCUUUCGACGAAGCAUUUGAUAUGUUUUGUGACGGGGUGCAAGCUUUCGGGCCUUUCUGGGAUCACUUGCUUGGUUAUUGGAAUGCGAGUUUGGAGAAUCCUGACAGGGUUCUGUUCCUGAAAUAUGAGGAUAUGAAAAGGGAUCCCCUCUUGAAAGUUAAGAAGAUUGCAGAAUUUAUCGGGCUGCCUUUCACAGAGGAAGAAGAGAAAGCAGGAUUGGUUGGAGAUAUAUCGAGGCUUUGCAGCUUCAAGAAGCUCAAAGAUUUGGAGAUUAACAAGAACGGAGUUCACUAUGGUUCAGUCAAGAACAAUUCUCUCUUCAGGAAAGGAGAUAUUGGAGACUGGCAAAACUAUCUGACUCCGGCUAUGGCCGAGCAGAUGAAAACAAUCCUGGAGGCCAAGCUAAGUGGAUCUAGCUUGAUUCUUGAUAUAUAGCUGCUAAGCUAGUUCGAGAAUGAAAUAAGACGGAUCCAGUCUCUCUUUUGUCCUUCUGCAUAUUGUUUUCUUUUGAGCUUAUUUACUACUGCAGCAACCUUGUCUUUCUGAUGCCUGUUUCUGUUCAAUUUGUAUUUGUUAUCCGGAAAAUGCUACUACUCUUGUGUGUUAUUCGUGUCAGUCCCCAGCAAUUUGUUUGUAUCUUUACCUCCCACUUUGCUAAAAGCCACUGCUAAAGUUCAAUUACCGAGUGACUUACUCAUUAGCCACUCUUUUACUAUGCUAACUCCCCUGUUUCAAUUGUUGUCAGUCACUCGUUCAAUAUCAGCCGCAAUCCACACAAACCAAAUGCAGAAACUAUGAUACAGAUGAACAAGUCAAGAACUUGAAAAACAACAAUAAGAAUCAUAAUUAUGAAACUGAAAAUUAUACUUU